GCUCAGGGGACCUGCGACCUACUUGAAGUACUGCUACGGUACAUUUACAUUCCAGGCGAAACGCUUAUUUCGAGCAUAUUCUCAACACCACGCCCUGUGGCGGCCUUUCGAAACGCCCCUCACAGCGUCCCACCUUCACACUCGGUCUACGUCCCCCUCAUCUCUCGCAACUACGACGGGGUGAUUUCGUACAUGUGAUUUAUUUAUCCAAGCAAUUGGGACACUAUAGGCAGCAUUGCGACUCAUGCAACUCACCAACGACACAUGGUCAACGUUGAAGAGCAAUAAGCCGCCGUCUCCAAAGGGAAUCAGUCACCAUGGAGCCCGUUCCCGAGACCGAGAGUCUAGAGAGCUUCCAAUCUGCUCCCUUGCCUUCGCUACGACUCCAGCAGCCCCGAGCCAUCUCCACCGAUAGUUUCGACUUCACCCGCAAGCCUCCGACAGUACGGCGGUCUACUGAACCGAUGUCCCCGAGCUCGCCUUCUUGGAGCACUCCUCCGGCCCUGGCCUUGCCUUACCGGCCGAGAACUACGUCGCCUCUUUCCGGCAUGCACACGAGAUCAAAGUCAGCUGCCACUCUUCAGAUUCCACCUGCCAUUUCUCGGACCAGAUCCAUGCCAGGCUUUGAUGCCGCCAGUCGCGCCUUGGGUUCUCCCCUCCUCCGCCCGGCCAGUCCAAAAGGAUCCCCCAACCGAGUGAGGCAGCGUAAGAAGCCGGCAGACGAGGCGUUUCCACCGCUGUCGCCCAUUCGAUCGUCCAUUCUGGAUGGCCCCGAGAAGCAAGUUGCUGAAGGCGCAGCUCUUGGCCAUCGACGUACUGCUUCGCCCUUGCGGCAUUCUCUACCACUCCCGCCCCCAGCACAGUCGGCUAAUGCAUCGUUGCCCUCAACGCCCUCGUCUAUGGCAGCGUCACCUGUAUACCGGGGAUAUGAUUCCUCUGCCAGCAGCUACACCUUUCCUUACUAUCCGUCUUCUUCAGUUCCAUCCACCCCCACGUCGAUGAGAUCUCGGAGUCCCAGUAUCUCUAGUUUAGAAACUAUUCCAGACUCCCCCGAUGCUGAGGAAGCCGCACUAGAAGACGAGCGGAUGGCCAAGCUGAGGGCUGCUGCGGAGGGCUCGGACGGCGAUGGAGAGGAUUCAUCAGGCGAGUCCAAAGGGAAAGAAGGUCUUGCUCGGGGAAGAACUCUAGGCUUGGGGUCUACUCGGGACAAGCGCAAGCGAUGGAGCGUCUGUGGUGCGGAAAGGAGGGGCGACAUUGAUCUUGAGACGAUAUGGGAAGACUGAUGAACAUGAUGAGGCUGGCUCACAUACAAGACAAGUCAAAAGCCCUGAUGAGUCCAGGCAUGGUUUUUACGAUACACGCAUUCAGCGCGGCUAUUAGUCGGCUUACUACAUCUGCAUUUGGUUUGGUCAAGGGGAAGGGAGGCGUUCCUUGUUUUCUGUUCACAGCUACUCGAUACCCUGCUGCAAUUGCAUUUCACCUGAAAGGCAUCAUGGACAUAAGCAGACCUCACUAUAUAGCGAAUCUACUGGUUAUGGCAAGUGGA